CUCUGCUUGACGGCAGCGGCGUCGGCCCCCCGGGCACCGGCGUUACCAGGUAACGGCCGGCGCGCGGGGAAGAAGCAGAACACAGCCCUGAAGAAUGGCAGAAGCAGUCUUCCAUGCCCCAAAGAGGAAAAGAAGGGUGAAUGAGAGCUACGAGUCUCCGUUGCCCAUCCCGUUCUGGCAGGACCCCGGUCCCAGGCAGGGAUGCCCACAGCUCCACGCCGAGCUCAUCAACAGCAGGGUGAUCGUGAGGCGCUCGGAGGACAUGAAGCAGCUGUACGGGAAAGGCUACUUUGGAAAAGGCGUUCUUUCCAGAAGCCGGCCAUGCUUCACGGGUUCAGAUCCUAAGCUGGUUGCCACAUGGAAAGACAUGAAGACACGCAUGCCUAUAAUCACGUCAAAGAAGUAUGAGCGUCGUGUGGAAUGGGCCACGGCGGUCAUGCGGAGACAAGGCCAGGAUGAGAGCACAGUGUGCGAGAUCCUCAAGGAGUUCACAAAACCUCUUGGACAUCCUUGCACAGGGAGGAGCGAAAAGUGUGAACAGUGCGAUGCCCGCGGCUCCCAGGUUGCCUCCACCCUGUGCCACACAGCAGAGACCCAGGGCCCCUCUGUGAUGAAUGGAGACUCUGGACAGCGGGGUGGGCACCCUGAUGGCCUGCAGGAGAGCUCUGGCCACGACCUGCUUCCUGCACACCACCUCGAGGGACCCAUGGUAGAGGACACGGCAGCUCUGCCCCGAGAGCCCCUCAGCGCCCAGAGCGGACACCAGUCAGCAGGACAGAGGGGGUCCGAGCCUGAAUACGUGCUCGUGGAAGAAGGCGUGUGUGAUGAGCAGCAGGAGGCAGGCACCCCAGCAGAGGAAUGGGUGCACAGGCGGAGAUUAACAUGCCGGAGGAAUCCAUAUAGGAUCUUUGAGUAUUUGCAGCUCAGCCUGGAGGAGGCCUUCUUCCUUGCGUAUGCCCUGGGAUGCCUGAGUGUUCACUAUGAGGAGGAACCUUUAACACUUGUGAAGCUCUGGCGCGCGUUCACCGCCGUGCAGCCCACCUUCAGGACCACGUACAUGGCUUACCACCACUUCCGAAGCAAGGGCUGGGUGCCCAAGGUGGGGCUCAAGUACGGGACGGACCUGCUGCUGUACCGGAAAGGCCCUCCGUUUUACCAUGCAAGCUACUCGGUGAUCGUGGAGCUGGUUGAUGACUGCUUUGAGGGCGCCCCCCGCAGGCCAUUCAGCUGGAAGUCCUUGGCUGCGCUGAGCAGAGUGUCAGCCAGUGUCUCCAAGGAGCUUCUGCUGUGUUAUUUGGUGAAGCCCUCCACCAUGACUGAGGAGGAAAUGGGGUCCCCGGAGUGCAUGAAGAGAAUUAAAGUUCAGGAGGUGAUCCUCAGUCGCUGGGUUUCUUCACGAGAGAGAAGUGACCCGGAUGAACUUUAGUGACCCAGUGCAGCCUCCCCGUCUCCUGCCAGGGCCCGGGCGGGUGGGUAGAAUGUCCUGUCCUGGAGCUGAAGCUUUAAAGGGCGGCAUGCACACCACAGAAGCCUUGGUUUUGGAAAGGACUGCAGACUCCACCCGAGCGCCCGCCGUCCCUCCUCCUGCGCUGUGGAAGUCGGAGUUGGCGAGUCCAGCCCCACCCAGCUCCGUGAUCUGGGCACAAGCGGAGUUCCUGUCACCCUGUCCUGGGAGGUGGCACCGGCAGUCCCCUGGGAAAGCUCUUCUCUGGGGACCUGAGCGCGGUCACACACGGAGCACGGGAGCAGAUGCGGACUCAGGGCCCCACGUCCCACCGCUGUAAAUGGAAAGGCAGGAUGUGUGUCUCCUGUACCUGUGGGCUUGGCGCUAACCCGAGCACUGGAGAGCCGCUUUCCGAGUCCGCCUGCCGUCUGUCAGCUACUGCAGCGCUGGCUCUCCACGGUGCCCCGUCGUCUGCCCAGCGCAGCCAGGCCUGCGUGUUCAGAGACCCGGACCAAGCCAGCGCGCGGGGAACGUUCCGGGAGGAGGGUGAGCGGGCGUCCCCUUUAGUGAAAGAGUCAAAGACGGGGUGUCCGCGUGAGGAGCAGGGCUCGCCGGGCUCGGCUUCUGCUGGCUGCGAGCCGGAGCUGUCACAGCCCCGCG